AUGGCCACCCUGUACCCAUCUCUGGAGGACCUGAAGGUGGACCAGGCCAUGCAGGCCCAGGCCAGAGCCGUACCCAGGAUGCCUGCCCUGCCAGUACGGGGAAAAGGGGACUCCCAGCCUCCAGUUUUGUACCCUAAUCUGGCAGAACUGGAAAACUAUAUGGGUCUUUCCCUCUCCAGCCAGGAAGUCCAGCAGAGCCUGCCUCAGACUCCAGAAGGUGCCAGUGCAGCGGGCUCAGGCCCCUCGCCGGGCCAGGUGGUGGCGCCGGUGUCCGGGAACAGCCUGGGCGCACUGCGUGCGGAGAUCAAGCCCGGGGUGCGCGAGAUCCACCUAUGCAAGGACGAGCGUGGCAAGACCGGGCUGCGGCUGCAGGCCAUCGACAAGGGGCUCUUCGUGCAGCUGGUCCAGGCCAACACCCCUGCAUCCUUGGUGGGGCUGCGCUUUGGGGACCAGAUUCUGCAGAUUGAUGGACGUGACUGUGCUGGGUGGAGCACGGACAAAGCCCACCAGGUGGUGAAGAAGGCAUCGGCCGAGAAGAUUGUCAUAGUCGUUCGGGAUAGGCCGUUCCAGCGGACCAUCACCAUGCACAAGGACAGCACAGGCCACGUCGGCUUCGUCAUCAAGAAGGGGAAGAUCAUCUCUUUGGUCAAAGGGAGUUCCGCGGCCCGCAAUGGGCUCCUCACCAACCACUAUGUGUGUGAGGUGAAUGGGCAAAACGUCAUCGGGCUGAAGGACAAAGAAGUCACAGAGAUUCUGGCCACCGCCGGGAACAUCAUCACCCUGACCAUCAUCCCCACCGUCAUCUAUGAGCACAUGGUCAAAAAGUUGUCCCCGACCCUGCUCCACCAUACCAUGGACCACUCCAUCCCUGACGUCUGA